GGAGCACGCGCUGGGCUGGGGCCGCUGACGUCGGGCUCAGGUGCGCGCGCUCGCUCGCCCGCCCGAGCGCGGCCCAGGUGGCGGCUCGCAGCGCCAGGUGGCGGCCUGCAGCGGGCCGCGGCGAGAGGGUGAGAGUCCGCGCUUUCCGAGGGAGCUGCGCCGGCCUCGGCCCCGCGGGGUCCCACCGCACCCGAGAGGAUGGAGAGCCUCCCCCGACGCCCCAGCAGGGCCCGCGAUCCCACGCUGGCCGGCCCUCGCUAGCUGCUCGAAAUUUGCGUUUUAUCCACCACCUAGGCCUUGUCUCCUGAGUCAGUGGCGUUGUGGUUCCAAAGAAAUGGAAGAAAAGGAGCGAUGUGACCGACUCCGUUCGGUCCUCCUGCCUUGAGGCCUGGUUGGCAUUUGCAGAAAGGAAAAUACAGCAAGAAAAUCGUGUGUUUUUGGAAGGGUUAGAAGAGGAGGGUGGAAGAAGGAAAACAAGGUCUUAGAUUUUAUAUGAUUUUUUAAAACUUCUGCACUUCGACAGUGGUGGCAAAAUACACUAAAUCCAAAAGUUAUCUUUGUUUUGAGAAGAGGGGGAUUAUUUUUCCUUUUGAUUACAACCUUUUCUCCCCGUGACAAAGCAUAAAUCAUGGACAUCAGAAAAUAAGGUAGACCUCAGGAAUCCUGCAAAGACUGAGAAGCUUACAUUCCUCCUCAGGAGGAAAGAGUGGGGUGUUUUUAGCCCUCUCUGGAACCUAAAACGAAAAACAUGAGUUGCGUGCCAUGGAAAGGAGACAAGGCCAAAUCCGAAUCAUUGGAGCUGCCCCAGGCUGCACCCCUACAAAUCUACCAUGAGAAGCAGCGCAGGGAGCUUUGUGCUCUGCACGCCCUCAAUAACGUCUUCCAGGACAGCAAUGCCUUCACCCGGGACACGCUGCAAGAGAUUUUCCAGAGGUUGUCUCCAAACACCAUGGUGACCCCCCACAAGAAGAGCAUGCUGGGAAAUGGGAACUACGAUGUGAACGUCAUUAUGGCAGCACUUCAAACCAAAGGCUAUGAAGCUGUUUGGUGGGACAAGCGCAGGGAUGUCGGCGCCAUUGCUCUCACUAAUGUUAUGGGCUUCAUCAUGAAUCUGCCCUCCAGCCUGUGUUGGGGUCCACUGAAGUUGCCACUCAAAAGGCAGCAUUGGAUCUGUGUUCGAGAGGUGGGAGGUGCCUACUACAACCUCGACUCCAAACUGAAGAUGCCCGAAUGGAUUGGAGGCGAGGGCGAGCUCAGGAAAUUUUUAAAACAUCAUUUGCGAGGAAAGAACUGUGAACUCCUGCUGGUGGUACCAGAAGAGGUGGAGGCCCAUCAGAGUUGGAGGGCUGAUGUGUAACACAGUUCUACCCAGCCUUCCCUCACCUCAACCCCCGAAAUCCUCUGUGAUGUGCUGUGGCCUCUACAGUGGGUCUGCCCUUGCCACGUCCCCAAACAUCUCAUCGGGUUUUUCCCCUCAGAUUUGACAGUGCAAUAGGACAGACAUGUAGACUGUUACAGAACCAACCAGCGUUACUUGUUCUGGGAAAGGAAAGUAGGAGCUCUGUGUGCUUAAGGCAAGCUAUGGAAGACUUUUGUUUUAUUUAAGAGAGGAGAAAGAAAGGUGGGUCUUAGCUUAUUUCCCCGUUUCUCUGAGGACUUGCCAGAGGCUCUGCUGGAGUUCACUGCUGCUCUGACUCACCUGGAGAUGCUGCCUUCACUUCCCCUUUCCUGGCAACCAGUGGGUCUGAAGACACAGUACAGGCAAAGCCCAUGCUGACGGGUUUGAAGGACUUAGAGCAAAAAGGCCUCUCAGGAAACCAUCUCCAAAACUGCAGCAGCAGUACAGCAUGCUGUCUCCAACCCUUAAUGCCGCCCUUACCCCGUUUUUAAGAGUGGUUUAUGGCCAUCCUUGGAGUUUUAUAAUGAAAAGUUCUCUAAUAUUCCAUGCCGGGCGGUUGAAUCCUGCGAUAUUCUAGUGUGACAGGGUGAGCUAGAUACCUAAGAGGAUGUGGCCAGAACCAGGCUGGGGCAGGCAUGGGCAGCCUGUCCGCCUCACUCCAGCAUCAUCCCUCCCACUUCACUGCAUUGCACUGGUUUAGGAGGCUUUGAGGCACAAGAUAGGCAAAAGGGCAGUUUUCCCAGCUGACCCACUGGCAAAAAUCAGGAAAAAAAUAAGACUGCCUUUGACAUCAAAUUCUACUAGUUUGAGACAGAGUUGGGCAAGGAAAGUAUUGGGAAGAUAAGCCUUCAGAGACCUGGAGCAGCUAGAAUGGGUAGAAGUCCUAGGCUUGGAGUCACUGUAGUGACAAGAAGCAGAGCCCUCACAUUGGGUGGAUAUGUGCAUUACGCUUUGUCAUCUCUCUGUAGCUUCCUUUACAGAUCAACUGAGAAUGGACCCGCCCCCUACCUCUUUAAAUAGUUGUAGGCCACUUUUCUCCCCGUAACUUGGGAAAACAAAAGGAGAAGUAAGGGUCAUACUACACCGCCUGUCACCACAGUGGCUGUGGUUGUCUCAGGGCAGGCGGGCAGGCAAGGAUGGCCUGUCCAGCCCUCACAGGUCAGUGGUUUCGGCAGGUCUGAGAGCUGCCCCACUGGCCAGACCUCUCCAAUAGCAGAGCCAGCCUGGGGCUUGCAUGUCCAGCCUGAGCAAGCUUAACGGGAUGAAGCUGAGGCUUUCUCCCCACUGUGACUGGAGUGCAUGUUUACACCAGCACUUUUUCUGCACAUGUAUCUUCAAUCCAACAAGGCCAUUUUUUAUGCUGAGUAACAAGUGGCCGCACUCAGCAAGUGGCCGCAUUCUCUUCUGCACCAUUUUCUACACCAGACCUGCUUGGCACCACAGGGAGCUCUUCGCCCCUGCACAGACAUUCCAACCACCACCAGCCAGAAGUUACAGCCAACCUUGCUCAUUGUCACAAGCAGGACCUUGGGUCCAUUGGCACUGUCAGUGAUGUAAGCCAUUUCCUGGGAGGAGAAGGAAACUCCUCGCCACCAAUCUGCUGGGGCCUGUGCAAACGGCACUUCAAAGGAGUCCCCAUGCACUUGGGAGUCCAUGAGCCAGUGGGAUAUAUGCAAAGACGCUUAAACAUUUCAGGGCUGGUUUCUCUGUUCAUAUCCAAUUCUGGUGCUUAGGAACAGGGACCUAUGCUGAUGCCCAAGGGCAAAAGGCCCCACUUCCUAUAAGAAAGGGGGCAGGCCUGACCCUGAUGCCCAGUAAGGGGCAACCCUAGGCUUUUUGUUUUUCUUGCUUUUAUUCCUUUUUGUUGGCCUUGUGCUGGGUUUGUUUACAAAAGAUGUAUUUUGUUUAACCAAAUAUUAAAAAUGGAAAACUCCAUACAUAAAUUUCA